CAAACAACACUGCGCUGCAAUAACGCAGAGAAGUACAGCCUAAACUCCAUCCACAUGCUAUAACGAUUAGCCUUCUAGCGCUUUGAUUAGUUUACCUCGGUUCAGUUGUCAUUCGUGAGUGAAGAAUCAGCCUGACUAGUGUUUACCGGUGUAGCUGUAACCCGUCAAAUCUACUGUUGAUUUUAGACAGUACUACAAUGGAUAAAACAUUCACGCUGCAUUCAGACCAAGCCGAAGACGUCGCUACUUCUUGUAGUUUCCGCCAGUUUAAAAUAGAACAUUUUGAUCUCGAUCUUAAAGUGGUCUUUGAGACGAAAACCAUAUCAGGUACCGAAACGAUACAGCUGCAGUGCAUUCAGGACGGUCAGAGCGAGCUACAGUUGGAUAUUCAUCCAACACUAUCUGUGCAUGAGAUCACUUUCAGUCAUAAUGGAGGUGACUGGACCACAACAGAAUUUCUGAUUCAGGACUUCACCAGUUAUGGGACAACACUGGUCGUGAAGUUUCCAAGGGCUUUCAAUUCAGAUGACAAACUUAAACUUGCAAUUAAAUAUACAGCUACUAAUGGACCAGGGGUGUGUUGGCUGGAACCAGAGCAGACUGCGGGAAAGCUCAAGCCUUAUGUUUUUACUCAAGGCCAGGCUGUUCUCAACCGCUCCUUCUUCCCUUGCUUUGAUACUCCAGCAGUCAAGAGCACCUACUCAGCAACAGUUCAGGUCCCUGAUGGCUUCACAGCGGUUAUGAGCGCUAGUAAAUGGGAGCAGAGGAAAGCAGAUGGCGCUUUCCUGUUCAAUAUGGAGCAUCCCAUUCCCGCUUACCUGGUAGCUCUGGCAGUAGGAGACCUGCAGUCUGCUGAGGUGGGACCCAGGACACGUGUCUGGACCGAGCCUUGUUUACUGCAGGCAGCCAAACAGGAAUAUGACAAUGUGAUUGAAGAGUUCCUGUCUGUGGGAGAGAAACUGUUUGGACCCUAUGUUUGGGGAAGAUAUGAUGUGCUGUUCAUGCCUCCAUCCUUCCCUUUCGGUGGGAUGGAGAACCCCUGCUUGACCUUCGUCACACCCUGUCUGCUGGCCGGCGAUCGAUCUCUCGCUGACGUCAUUGUACACGAGAUCUGCCACAGCUGGUUUGGAAACCUCGUCACUAACGCCAGCUGGGGUGAUUUCUGGCUGAACGAGGGCUUCACCAUGUAUGCUCAGCGCAGAGUUUGCAGGGAGAUUUAUGGAGAGGCUUAUACGUGUCUGGAGGCAGCGACCGGUAAAGCUCUUCUACGUCAGCACAUGGACAACACCGGAGAGGACCAUCCUCUCAAUAAACUACGGGUUAAGAUUGAACCAGGUGUUGAUCCUGAUGAUACCUACAAUGAAACGCCCUAUGAGAAAGGCUUCUGCUUUGUUUCCUACCUGGCCCACCUCGCAGGAGAUCAGUCACGCUUUGACGCAUUUCUCAAGGCUUAUGUGGACAAGUUCAAGUUCAAAAGUGUGUUGGCAGAGGAUGCGUUGGAGUUCUAUCUGGAGUAUUUCCCAGACCUGAAAGAGAAGAAUGCCCACAAAAUCGAGGGUGCGGAAACAAGACCAUUAGUAGCAUUUCCUUGUCAUAAAAUCACAAAGCACAGUCUAAAUUCAUACUGUUUAGUGAGACCGCCUUUUGUCAUCAGCUUUUGUUUUUUCUCUGUUGCUUUGUUAGGUCUGGAUUUUGACAGCUGGCUCAACGUGCCUGGUUGGCCUCCAUACGUGCCUGACCUCACUGCUGGUCAGGAGCUAAUGAAACCAGCAGAGCUGUUAGCUGAAAUGUGGGUCAGUCAUAACCUAGACUUGGAAUCUAUCUGCAAAACUGAUAUAAAGCCAUGGAAGACCUACCAGACUGUCUACUUCUUGGAUAAGAUCCUUGAGAAAUCGCCGCUUCCAGAUGGUCACAUAAAUAAGCUGGAGGAGUGUUACUCACAUAUUAUUGAGUCCAACAAUGCCGAGCUGAAAUUGCGAUGGGCCCAGAUUGUUGCAAAGAACCAGCAUAUACCAGGAUUCCAACAUAUUCGUGAUUUCCUCACAAGCCAGGGGAAACAAAAGUACACCUUACCGGUUUACCGAGCCCUUUGGAAUGGAUCAGAAGAAACAAAGGCUCUAGCGAUGGAGGUUUUCUCAGCCACCUCGAGUCAGCUUCACUUCAAUGUCCGCAAUUAUGUAAAAAAGAUAAUAACUUGAGCAUAAAUGAAUUCGAAAAAUAUAAGGGAAAACAAUGUAUGCAAUGAUCUACUUUUAAACGCACCUUGAUAUCUUAGAAUGAUGGUGCUUUCAGCAUUGAUAUAACAAUUUGUAUUAAUUAUUCAGGAAAUUGUUUCUACAUUUUUGAAUUUGUGAAUCAGAUUUAAAUAAAACAUUGUCUGGGCAUUUAAUUGCUUUCACGUUUUUACAUUUUAAAUUGUAUUGCAUUUUUAUAAAUAAAAAAAUA